ACAAAAAAACCCCUGAACUUUUCAGAAAAGUGCAAGACAGCCCUUUUACUUUUUCCUGGCUCAAAUCGACCCCUCAACUUUUUUUUUGAACAAAAAACCCCUUCCGUCCCCUUUUCUCCGUUAGCUUGCUGACCUGGCCGUUAAACCCGUUACCCACUCAGCUCACCAUUUAUUUUUUGCUGACAGGGCAUUAAUUACAUUGCCCUGUCAUCAAAAUAUUACCGUUUGGUAAUAAAUGAAGAAAAACCCAAUCUUUCUCCUUUCUCACAACAGAAAACCCUAAAUUCAUCUUUGAAUAUCCAUAAUUUCUCUCUUUUUCAUCUUCUUCUUUUAUUUGGUAGCUCUGAUUAGGUUUUUAUUGGGUAACUUAGGAAUGGCAAGCUUCAAUUCCACAGCAACCGUACAUAGCAGACACGAAGGAACUUCAGGAUUUCGUGAACAGAGACCUCAUACUCCCAUGUGCAACUGCUGGGAAAUAGCCAAAAUUUACAUGUCAUGGAGAGAGACUAGUCCAGGAAGAAGGUUUUAUGGUUGCCCUAAUUACCAUGCUGGUCGAGGCUGUGGUUUCUUUAGAUGGAUUGAUCAAGAGACAGAGGAAAGAGUUAAGCUCUUAUUGAAUGAAUUGCACAAUGAGAUAAUGAGGCUAAAAAGGGAUAAUAGAAAGCUUAUGGAAAUGAAAUUUGGAUCAAGUGUGAAAUGCACUAUUGAUGACUUAAGGGGAAUAAUGAAGGAGAAAAAGAUGGUAGAAGAAAAACUUGAAAUUUGUAAUAGAAAGAAACAAAUGUACAAGCUUGGUUUUGUGCUAUCAUGGAUUGUAAUUUCAUUUCUGAUUGUAAUUGCCUUGGUUUGA